AUGUAUCUCUCUAUGAUCUAUGUUCUGUCUUUCUUGCUCUUAACAGCGCGUGCUAUACCCGUACGACCCCAGGCUCGCGAUGUCGUUGACCCACCUGUCACAAACCCCACUGCUGAUACUGUGUGGAAUGUCGGGCAGACAGUAACGGUUACCUGGAACACUUCGGUCAUUCCACCAUCAGCUAACCUCACCAACCCGGAAGGAAUGGUUGUUCUUGGAUACUCGACCUGGCAGAACGAAAACUUGAUGAUCGACACCCCGCUGGCACAAGGAUUCCCUCUCACAGCGGGCCAAGUCUCCUUCGUUGUUCCGUCUGUCCAGACCAGAACAAACUACAUCGUUGCUUUGUUCGGUGACUCCGGUAACAUCAGCCCCAACUUCACGAUCAUUGGAACUUCGGCACCCUCAUCGCCAUCUUCUAAUGAUCCUACGACGACAGAUGUUUCAUCUAUCCCGUCUUUAACUGCAGCACAAACCAGUACUGCGCUCAUGACCACCACGGUGACGUCGGAGGCUGUCACAACUGUACCUGGUACAACAAGCACCAACACUGUGAUCAGGAUUUCUUCCCCGACCUCCAAAGGAACAAGUUCUGUAGGCUCGACGACGACAAGUAAUACUUCGGCAUCAGCGCACUUGCCAACUUCCAUUGCAUCUACGCCCUCUUCUUCGCCUUUUUCGCCCGCGACAUCUGGGGCGACAAACCCGACACAGACGACAACCAUGACAACAACUACAAGUAGUGCUUGGUCCUGGGCCAAGGGCGGCGUGGCGCGACCCUGGUCGAUCGCGAUCAUAUCUCUUGUCGCUUUCGUGAUGCUUUAA